CAUUGUGCAAGGUACCUUUGCAACACAUGCGUCGUGUUUGCUAGGCGUUGCAUGCGCUGAACUUUGCAGAUCAUAAUUUCCUCGUACGACCAUAUCUGUCAUCUGAGGUUUAAAAACUAUUAAGACUAUUAAGUUUUUUUUCUGUGUUGUGCAAGAUGUUGAACAAAAUGUUUUUUGUGAUUUUACAUUGUUUCUGGAGUCUGUCUGGUGUAGUUGGUAGUGAGUCUAGGUCAGUGAUGGAGGGAGAUUCUGUCACUUUAUCUGUCAAUCUCACUGAAACACAGAGAAAAGAGGGAAUCUCCUGGAAGUUUGGACCUCAUGAAAUCACCAUAGCUGAAAUCGAAGUUGGUGACAAUAACAUCCGUCCAUAUGAAAAUAGAGCUGAUGGAAGAUUCAAAGGCAGACUAAAGCUGGAUCACAGUGGAUCUCUCACCAUCACAAACAUCACAACCACAGACUCUGGACUUUAUAAAGUGUCCCAAACCAGCACAGACAACCAACUCAAUGUAUUCAACAUUAAUGUCUAUGCUCCUCUUCCGGUUCCUGUCAUCACAAACGUCUCUCCAGAAAACACUUCAUUAUCAGAAAGAUCAAAUUGUUCCUUAUUGUGUUCAGUGUUGAAUGUGAGAGAUGUGAGUCUCUCUUGGUACAAAGGAAACAGUUUAUUGUUUAACAUCAGUGUGACUAAUUUCAACAUCAGCAACAUCUCUCUACUUCUGGAGGUUGAAUAUCAGGAUACAAACACAUACAGCUGUGUGGCACAACAUCCUUUAAGCAAACAGACUCAAGAUUACUGCCUUACUGAUCUCUGUCAGCAGUGUUCAGUUACAGGUCUCUCUUUCAUUUAUAUUGUUCUCAUCUGUGUUGUUGGAUCUCUGAUGAUUGUAGCUCCAGUUUUGAUCUACUGCUUCUGCAGGAAAGCCAGGACUACAGCUAUAAAAUUUGUAAAUAUAUUUAUUUGUUUUUAUAAAAAACAUAAUUUUGAAAUGUAUUUUCAUAAAUGCUCCAUACUAUUGUUAUGUAAUCAUGUUAAAGCUUGUGUGUUUCUGUGUUUAUAUCUGUGCAGGAAGUUUCUGAAGAGGAUAAUAUUGAGUCACUGUGGUUGGACAUUUAGAUUACAGUAAAUAUAUUUGCUUAAUACAUCAGUUAAGUUUGAAAUGCUUGUGUCCACAUUGGAAUCAACUAGCUCUGUCAACCAGCUUCAACAGGUCAACUAUGUUGGCGAGGUUUCCUUUGUUACAUACUUUGAAGUCAGAGUUCAUCUUGAGGAGUUAAAUUAAAUAAUGUGUCAAAGUAUAUCAUAAAUCGACACAGAAGUGACAGACAAGGUUGAGACUUUAACAGUCUAAAGUUUCAGUGCUGUCUGAAGUAUUAGAACUUCACAUCCUGUGGAAUUCAGUGGUAUAAGUGAGUUAGUUAAGCCUGGUUUAUGUUUUAUUAUUAACUUUUAAAGUGAAACUUGUUAAAACCACAGAUAUGGUAAAUAUCAAAGGGGCAAUGUUUCUUUGUGUAACCAAGCAGCUAUAUAUUGGGGGACUAAAGAACGGCUGAAUCUUGUGGUGAAGACUUGUACCUGUUAUUUGUGAAAGUUUACUUUGAAUUUGUUGAUUAAACCGUGAUUAUUUGUAACGGUGAUUCAUUAAACUUCUCAUAAAUAAGUUUCAGAGUGUAUUCAUAUAGUUAUAACAUUAUCUGAACCUGAAAAGGCCGU